AUGGACUCACAAAAGCUCAAGUACCAAGGCGUCCAUGUCGACGAUCGCGAUGACUCGAGCUCCAGCACCGACGUCGAGGAGUCUCUGAUGGGCGAUGAGAAGCAGUGGCAUGAUGUGGAGUUGAACAGACCGACAAGACAAACGAAACGCGGCAAAUUUGUGGCCGCGCUGAAGUCGUCACGGUGGAUGAUCGAUACAUCGCUUUUGCUCAUCAUACUGGCCUUGCUGGUUCGAGAUCAGUGGAGGAAGCCUGCGGUGGAGGAGACCGACACCUGGCAGUUCGGCCAGGACAUGACGGGAUUUGGUCCAAGAAUGUCCCAGAAGGUCACCACGUUCGUGAGAGACGAGUCCUACGGGCCGAACAACACCGCCGACUUCUUCACAAACGAAACCCUAAACAGAUGGAACGACCUGAUGCCGAUUGGUAUGGGAUUCCAAUGGGUCAACGACACGCAUAAGUACCACGAUCUCCCCACGCCCAUCGAGUGGCCGGACAAGACGGUGUUCACCACAUCGGCAACACAUCAAUUGCACUGCCUCUUUGCCAUCGUCCAGACAUACUCCGGCCUGACGUCCGGCCAUGAGAUACCCGAUGACCACCACUGGCACAUGAUCCACUGCUUUGAUUACAUGCGUCAGGCAAUCAUGUGCAGUGCGGACAUGGCGCUCGAGGGACUCGAAACUACGUUUCCGGACCACAAUGGAGGCUCCGACGGCUGGGACUCUAAGCAUGUAUGCCGGGACUGGAACCAGGUCAAAUCAUACUUAGAGAGUGUGCGAGCAUAUGAUGACCAGCAGAUCUACUAG